AUGGAGAUCGAUGAUAUUAAAAAAGUUGUGAAUAGAAAAAGAACCUAUACAGAGGUUGAAAAUCUAAGAGAAAAAGUUGCAUGGAAAAACUCUAAAGUUAUUAAGUUGAAGGUUGCUCAAGACACAGCAUGCUGGAACUUAAAAGAGAAGGUGCAGCAGGUUGAGAAGCAACACGAAGUCAGCUCCGGCCAAUAUAAGGAUGAAUUGAAACUGCGAUCGGAGAACCUCAAAAAAUUGAGUAGCACCCGGGAGGUCUACAUAGAGCAUCUGAAGGAAACUCUCGGCCAAAACGCUCUCUACGACGCCUAUCAGAAAUAUGAACAACUCGUCCGAGAUGUUAUGUUCAAGCAGCAACAAGCUGACGAAAAAAGAAAGCAACUUAUUGAGAGUCUGCAAGACAAAGUGAGCAUCUCAAGCAACCACCAGAGCCAACUGCUGCAGUUCUUCACGGCAGCGAAGCAGCAAACCAAAACAGAGCUGAGCGAUUUGAAAGCUAGGCUAACGGUUGUACAGACUCAGAAGGACGAGCUCCUCGCUUCUGUUGCCGAGCUGAACAGAAGUAUAGAUAACUAUAAAUACGAUUUAAUAAAGAGGGAUAAAAUGAUUGAAAACCUACAAGAGGAAAUGAAAAGAAACAUAGAAGAGUACAACCGUCACUGUUCUGAAGCACGCAAAAUCAUUGCUCAAUUGGAGGGAGAGUGA